CCUGCUACAACAUUGGUUAGCCGCUUGUCAGUGUCCAGUCACGUGGUAUCACACGGACGGCCAUGUUUCCGAAACACAAACAACAAGAAGAGCAGCGACCGGGAGCCAGCAGACACACACUGAUACGCAGCUGCGACCGUUGGAGGAGAGGGGGAGAAAAUAAUAAAUAAAACACAGAGCGCGACUUUCUGAAAGUACGAUUCUGUCGAAUGAAUACGUUUACAGUGUUUAAAGAGACCAAUGCAUACGAUAUAUUGGCUGUAGACGCGCCAGUCUGGUAGCUCUGAAGCAGUGAAGUGGUGCAAAGGGAGGAGGACAGGAAAUAAAGGAGUCACCUGGAAGGUCUCCGUCAAUCCACAUUUCAGUUGGAGUGAGAGAAAAAGGCACAGAGGGAGAGAGAGAGUGAAAGGAGAAGAGGAGUGCGAGUCGCGUCUGCUCUUGGCAGCUGUUCCAGCAGCCUGUUUCAUUGUUUUGGCUGUUGUUUCGUUCCUGCGUUACCUUUUUUGAUGAAUCAGUUCAUAUUUUUAACUUUAAUGUGAGAUAUAACUGCUGUACAAAAAAAAAAGAAAAAGAGAAAAAAAAAAAAGAAAACCUUAUUACUAGCAAGAGUGUUUUAUUUUGUUCCAUUGUUAAUUUCCACGGUUCUUUUUGUUUCUUUUUUUAUGUUUAACAACCUUUUUCGGCUGUGAGUAGCAGGAGCUUCCAUUCUCCAAACUAUCGUCGAACCCCCUUCCUUACCUAGUUAGGACCUGAUAACCUGGUAUUCCUCAAGCACCUGAAACUGGCAGCUAUUCUCUUUGUGUCUGUGUGUUUGGGGAGCUCUGUGACCACAGCUUAAGCACCACUCAGCCUUCUAGUCACCUAAGCCUAACUAAAGCAAGCCAGCUCUAGCCUGGUCCAGCCCAGUCCAGCCUGCUCCGAUCAUCUGGACAGGAUACUCAGUUCUGUGUGGACGUGAGGAAUAUGACUGCUGAGACUCUUAACUUCGGCCCAGAAUGGCUCCGUGCACUGUCCAGUGGGGGGAGUGUGACGUCCCCCCCUCCUUCCCCCGCCAUGCCAAAGUACAAGCUGGCCGAGUACCGCUACGGCCGAGAGGAGAUGUUAGCACUUUAUAUCAAAGACAACAAGGUCCCAGAGGACAUGCAGGAUAAGGAGUUUGCUGCUAUUCUGCAAGAUGAGCCCAUGCAGCCACUGGCACUGGUGCCUCUCACUGAGGAGGAGCAGAGGAACUUCUCCAUGUCUGUGAACAGUGUGGCGGUGCUGAGGCUCAUGGGAAAAGGGGUGGGUGGAGCCGCCCCAGCUGGAGUGGUCCGAGGACGAGGGGCCACACGAGGCGGCCGAGGACGAGGUCGUGGUGAAGGUGGAUUCUACCAAAGAAGUAUUGAAGAAGCGGAGGUGGGUUUUGGCCGCAGCGUCCGAGAAAUCCACCGCAGCCAGAGCUGGGAUGACCGGGGUGAGCGUCGUUUCGAAAAGCCGCUGAGGCGGGAGGUUGGGCGUCCUGGCUUUGAAGAAUCGGCAGGUCCCGGGGGUCCAGGGAGGAAGGAGUACACAAGGGCUGACAGCGAUAACUGGCGCACCCUCCGGGAGGAGCACGACGAGGAAGAGGGGGAGCCAGGCAGCAGCUGGAGACUUACUGGAUCCCGCAGGGAUGAUGGUGGUCCUCGCUCAGCAGGCUGGCGGGACCAUGUUGGUCCAGGUGAGAAUCGCCGGAGGAAGUUUGAUUUCGACUUCCGGGACGCCGAGGGUCACGGUGGUGGCCGCCGGCGUGCAGGCAGUGAUGGACUAGAGGAUGACAGAGACGGCCUGCCCGAGUGGUGUACGGACGAGGAGGACGGGGAGAUGGGCACUUUUGACUCCUCUGGAGCUUUCAUGCCUAUGAAGAAGGGUGGCAAGGAGACAAUCCUGGAAGAGGAGUUAGAGUUUAAGGGGAUAGAAGAGGAGGAAGAAGAGGAGUGCCUCGCUGACAUAGAGAGGAACAGUGCUGAAGGAGACAAAGACAGGGAGAGUAAAGAAGUUGGCUCUGCUGUAGGGGAUGAUGAGACGAAGCCAGCAUCACCCUCCGCCUCUCCUCCACUCCACUGUACUCCUCCGUUCCUGGAGCCUCGACCCAGCAAUGCUGGCCCAUUGGUGGACAACCCUCAGCUGAAUAACAGCCACCCCGUCAAGGCCAGCAGCACAUCCAGUGAAGACAUGGCUCCGGUAGGGGGCUCCAAGACCCAGCUGAGCCCCAGCGUUGCCUCCUCCUCCAGUCUGCCUCCUCCACCCCCUUCCUCCGCUGCCCCUCUCCUCCCUCCAUCUGGAGGAGACACAGAGGACGACGAGGGCAUGAAGCACCUGCAGCAGGAGGCAGAGAAGAUGGUUGCAUCACUGCAGGACACUUCUUUGGAGGAGGAGUGUUUUACCCAGGCUCUGCAGCAGCAGCAGGAGAGCAGGAACACAGCAGCUGCUCUGCCACUGUCACACGAGGCCGCCAUGAAGUGGUUCUACAAGGACCCACAGGGAGAGAUCCAGGGCCCAUUCACCACAGUGGAGAUGUGCGAGUGGUUCCAGGCUGGCUACUUCACCAUGACCCUGCUGGUGAAGCGUGGCUGCGACGAGGGCUUCCAACCCCUGGGGGACGUCAUCAAGAUGUGGGGCCGCGUGCCCUUCGCCCCAGGGCCCUCCCCGCCGCCCCUGCUGGUGAGACAGCCACCACCAACGCAGCGCCCGCAGCCCAACCGGGGGCCCGCCGGGACUGUGAGUCAGAGCUCAGCCAACGUAGAGGAUGGGGAAGGGAGGAUGCAGAGGAGAGGGAAGAUUGAUAGACAGGUCACGGGAAACCUGGACCAGGAGCGCCUGAAAAAGCAACAGGAGCUGGCAGCAGCAGCAGCUCUUUAUCAGCAGCUCCAACAGCAGCAGCUAUUCCAGCUCAUUAACAGGUGCAGUGAGCAGAGUAUGAUGCCUUCGAUGAACAGGUCGAUGUCAGUGCCAGAUACAGGGUCCAUGUGGGACAUGCAUACCUCAGCUUCACAGCCGUCAGGCGGUGAAGCCAGUCUUUGGGACAUAACAAUGAAUCCUUCUACUCAGGGUCCAACUCUCGAACAGCUUCAAAAGCUCCAGCAGGAGAGGCGAGACGCUGAACUCAGGGCGAAGCGUGAGGAGGAGGAGCAGCGUAAGAGGAGGGAGGAGAAGAGGAGGCAACAGGAGGAGCAGAAGAGGAGGGAGGAGGAGGAGCUCUUCAGACGCAAGCAGUGUCGUCAGCAGCAGGAACUGAUUAUGAAGCUGCUGCAGCAGGCCCCCCAGCAGCAGGGUCCUGGGGCAGGUGGCUCAGGCUGGAGCGGGGCUCCCUCCUCUGGGCUCACCAAGCCAGGAAAGCCCCCGGCUCUGGCUCUGCUGGAAAUGCAGCAGGAGGCAGAGAGGCUCCUGAAGCAGCAGCAGCAACAGAGAGCCCAGCAGCAGAGAGACCGCCACUCCGGCUUGUCGAUGGGGAGCUCCUCCAUGGGAGGGCAGUGGGUGGAUGGUGUUGGCAUGUGGGGCGGGCCUGGAGGUAUGGAGGGUAAGGGUGGCAGCGGAAGCUCUUCAGGCAGCAUGGGCAUGUGGGACGAGGCUGUGAAGAACCAGUCCGGCCUGCGUGGCAACAGCAACAACAACAUGGGCUUGAAGAACAGCCGCAGCAGUCCUUCACUCAGUGAUCAGUACAUGAUGCGUCGUAAGCGGACGGAAGAGGAGGAGAAGCUGCUGAAGCUGCUGCAGGGCAUGAAGCCUCAGGACGGCUUCACCACCUGGUGUGAACAGAUGCUGCACGCUCUCAACACCUCUGCCAACAACUCCUCCUCCUCUCUGGAUGUUGCCACGAUUGUGGCAUACUUGAAGGAGGUGGAGUCUCCCUAUGCAGUGCUGGACUUCAUCCGGUCCUACCUAGGGGACACAGUGGAAGCCAAAGAGUUCGCCAAACAGUUUCUGGAGCGACGUGCCAAACAGAAAGCCAACCAACAGAGACAGCAGCAGCAGUUAUCAAAGGAAGUGGCUGGAUUGAACAUGAACUUCCCUCUGCAGGACUCAAUGCGAGGUAUGAAUCCAAGCACCCUGCAGUCUAUGUUUCAAGCCAACCACAUGGGCAAGGCUGGUCUCUAUGACAACCAAGGGGGGAAGAUGAAGAAGAAACAGCCCAUGAUGCUGCACUCUGACCCCAGCAUCUUAGGGUACUCAUUCCACAAUGCGGGCGACUGUAUGGGCCUGAAUGAGAUGGAGAUGGUGGAGGAUUACUGAUGUGACGCAGCGCAGCAGCAAUAGCUACCUGAGGCCUUCUGUCUUUUAAUCAGACAAACCUGAUGACGAAUGUGCACUGCUGGGGGAACCGGGGACGGGGGAGGGUUUUGGGGGUAGGAAGGCAGCGAGCGAGCGCGAGGGGAUGGUGCGGGUGGAGGCGCCUGGAUCUGCGCCUCCCACUCUUUCCUUCCCUUUGGCAAGAAAAAAAAGGGCUCCCUGCUGCACCAGUUGAUCACUUGAGCAGGGGAGAGGGGGGUGAGGAGGGGUGAGGUUAAAAGGAAGAUGGGUAUCCUCUGGCACUCAAAAGAUUAAGCACCUUAUACUGAACUAAUGCACUUUAUUGAGAUGGGAUUUGAAUAGUUUUUUUUUUUGUGUGUGUGUGUUGGGAAUCAGUGCGCAUACACAUAAUCCGUGUGCAUGCGCAUCGGAACUGGAAGCGGGCGGUGAAACAGUCGGUGGGGUGAAUGGUCGGGCUGUUAGGUUUUCAAAGUCAGGGGGACCUUUAGUUGAAACCUUAUCAGAGAGCAAAUCCUUUCUCGAAAGACAAACACUGUUGAUAUUUCUCUUGUUUAGCAUUUUUUACGUUUAUAUAAAAAGUAAAGCUAUUGAAAAAUGGAUUAUAAAAAAACUUGAAGAUUUGCACUUGCCUAAAAAAGAAAUAACAAAAACAACAAAAAAAAAUUUCAAACAAAUGGGGUUAGUUAUAGAAGUGAAUAUUUUUGUGAAUGUGUAUGAAUGACUGUGAGAGUGACUGAUGUGUGAUGGUUGGUUUGUGUCAGUAAUAUACCAGUCUGCACAAUGUUUUUUUUUUCUUUCUUUUGUUGCUUACCAAGACGUAUGAAACAUAAGAGGCCAUUUUUGUCUUUUUUGUUCAAAUGGUAAUUUUGUAUUCUCAUGUUUAGAGUGCAUGUUUCCCUUCUCCAAACAGGGACUUGAUCUGUAUGUUUUGAGAGCGUGAAUGAAUAAAUGAGAGAGAGAGAGAGGGCAAUUGCACAACACAUCCUUUCUCUCACCAGCUCUUCAUCCCCAGAUAGAUGAAAUAGAAAUGCAUACAUUUGUAAAUGUUAGCUUUGCGCUCAUCACACGAUGACCACCACUAGUUUAUUUCCCUUAGCUUCUCCAUAUGGGGAGCUGUCUCUAGACCUGUAAGGACUAGCAGACAGGGCAAAUCAUGAGGGACAUUACUGUGUGUGCAUCAGAAUGAGACUCUGUGUGUGUGUGUGUGUGCGUGCGCGCGCAUGUGCGUGUGUUUUCAGUGUGCAUGUUCAUUUACUGUUCGUAGAAAUGAGUUAAGACUACAGGUACUCAUUUUGAAUACAUGUGCUUUUUUGUAUGUGUAUGAAUGCACAUUUGUGCCUAAGAACUUGGAUAGGGUGCGUGGCCAUUGAGACAUUAACUCUUUUUUGAGAGCGAGUGUGACGUGUGUCAGUGCUCAGCACAGUGUAUGUAAAGUAUGUAAGUUUAUAUCGUAAAUAUUUCUAGUUCAGUCUAGGGGUGAUCCAUCGGAAGGUUAGUCCAGUCUGUUUUCCUGGGGUGUGAUCACGUUGCCUUUUGUCAGCUCUCGAACUUGUGAAUGAAAGAUGUCGAGUUUCUGACUCUGAAAAAAAAAAUACAGCAUCUUAAUGUGCAAGUGCACAGAACGGUGCAUGAAAUGUUAGCAUAUUGUGUUACUUAUUCGUUGUUGCAAUUUGAUAAUGACGAGUUUUCUUUUUUUAAUGAAAAAUAUAUAUGAAUAUAUACAUUAUAUACAAAGUUUAAAAAGUAUUUGGACUAAGAUGAUGAGCACUUGGGGCUGCUAUUUUUGUUGUGUGUUUUAAUUUUUUUUUUUUCCUUAA